UCAAUUACGAUCGAUUAGGAAUUUAGCAUGGAGCCUGAAGGAUGACACGAUCGCUAUAAAAAGAUCUCUCUGCUGAAUGACAAGUUAGGAUGACUGAUUAACAGUAGAACGUCUCCUUUCUCCCUCCUCUACAGAGCCCUGUGUUUGUAGCCUGUGCCACGUGACUACUGUUCUUGAAGAGAGUUUCACUUCCCCUGUUAUUGAAGAGUCCCACCAGUCCGGAUAUGGAAGGUUUCAGAGUGAGAGCAAGUGUGUCCCAGCACCAAGGUGGCAGGGCCUACAUGGAGGACUUCUCCUCCGUAACUGUGGAUACUGACAACCAGGAGGCGUGUUUCGCUGUGUAUGAUGGCCAUGGUGGUCAGGAUGCGGCCAGUUUUUGUCAACGUAACCUCUGGCAUAACAUCAGGAAGCAGAAGAUGUUUCACAGUAAAGAGGAUGACAAGGUGAAAACGGCUGUACAAAUGGGGUUUGCAGAGACACAGCGGGAAAUGUGGAACAAUAUCGAAAAGUGGUCCAAACACCGUAGUGGUCUGUACAACAGCACAGCAGGAUCCACAGCCUCCCUGGUUGUUGUCCGGGGUAACAAGCUGAUAGUAGCUCACGUGGGGGACUCAACCGUCACUCUCACUCGUAACGAUUUGUCCAUACUGAAAACAGUACAGAUAACAGACGAACACAAGCCGAACGCUCCCCAGGAACAAGCUAGGAUUGAGUUACACGGAGGGAGGGUUGAGAAGAGGGGCUCAGUCCACAGGGUCGCUUGGAAACGGGUCAGACAGCCUCACAAGGGCCCUGUAAGACGCAGUACCACCUUCGAAGUGGUACCGUUUCUAGCCGUGUCCCGAGCACUGGGAAAUCUGUGGAGUUACGAUUACUUUACCAAGAAAUAUACUGUUUCUCCGGAGCCCGAUAUCUGUGUCAGAGACCUGAAUCAUGGAGUAGACAGAUACAUAGUGAUAGCGAGUGACGGUAUCUGGAACGUGAUGACGAACGAAGAAGUAACGAACUUUGUACACUCCAAACAGAUGUACGAAGAUGUAGCUAGGAGACUUGUGUUCGAGGCACUCCGGCGAUGGAACGAUCGAGGGUGGCGAGCAGACAACAUAACCGCGAUUGUGUUAGUCAUGGACCCGGAACCAACCACCACCCAACAGAUCACGUGUUUUGGAUCGGGUGUCGACAACUGCGAUUGUAAGAUCCUCCAAUCACCCCGCAAAACCAUCCCCAUCAAACGGACACUGAGCACCACCGACCUUGCCAACACCCUGACUUCCGUCAAGAGACACAGGUCCAUGCCGACCAACCUCAGUCUGGAGAACCCAGAAUACUGAGCCCCUGGUAAUUAGUAACUGCUAAUUACUAAUCAGUAAAUACUAAUAACUAAUUAUGUACGGUGAUUUGUCGGUGAUAAUGGGCCUGUAAUUAGCUGUUUGGUGAAUUGUUUUGAUGAAGGAGCUGUGAGUCUGAGUGUACGUACGCAAGCGCAGGAAGUAAGAAAGCAAGUGGUGUGGAAUUGAGUGAACCCAGAAGAAUUAACGAAUCUUGUGUAAUUGAUUACCGACACAUUUGUCGGGCCCGCUCCUUGUUUUGGGCGAAACUGAAAUGUUUUGCGUUGAAAUGAGCUUCACAACUGAAUUGUUGAUCAGUUGUGUUUGGCUCUGAUCAGCUGAGGUUGAUUUAGAGUUAUUAUCGCCAUGUAACAUAAUAAUCAUUCGUGCUUCUUUUUACAAUUUUACAGUGAAUUGAUAAUUUUGGUUCGGCUUAUUAGUAUUAUGAUAUUAUCAGCAAUUUCUUUAUUCUGUACGUUUAUCAUGGGUGUGUUUAAUUUUAGACAUUAUGAGAUCUAUACUGAUAUUUCAUCAGUUAUUUUGGACAGUUUUUGCGUAGCUCUUCAUUUUAUCAUGUGCUACAUAUCUAUUUUGAUAAGUUCUUAAAUGAUUGAUUUAUUAAUUUACAGUAAGUCGUGACUUAUUAUGGAACUUUAACAUUCUUCUUUUAUUACCCUUUGUUAGAUCUCAAAAAUGUUGCCCUCAUGCAAUCCCAAAACCAGAUCAAACCUCAAUGUAAAAUAUAACGUUUGAUUUGAAAGAUAAAUUUCUCUAUAAUUUCAUACGACUAUAACUAUAAGUAUAACUGAUGACCGAGAUCAACUUUUUCCUUUAAAAUCAACUUAUAUCGACCGCCAAUAAAGUUUAUUUACUGCAUGUUUUAAGGUUUACAGUUAAGUUACUUUUGAAUAUAUUGAUAGUAUGGUAUCGUAUGUAUUGUAAUCAUACCCUGUGUAAGUGGUGAGUGUGUAUUUGUGUUACAGAUAUAUAGUACCUGAACUGUGAUGUAUACUGAACUGAACUAUAAAUAAGUGACUGUGUAACGAUAUUUGAAUAUUUAAAUUUCACUUUCAAUGUGAACUACCC